ACUCUCAUAGCCAUAGACAUUCAGCAUUCUCGUUUCCAGCAAUUGCAGCCUCAAAAUACUGCCUCUGAUCGCCGACAAAACCACCGCGCGGUGAAAUCAGAUAAUAUGGUCGAUAUUCAAGCUCCAGCUCCAGCUCGAGCCUCGACGGAGCUAUCAUUCCCCCUUCCCAAAGCGCUACACACAACAGCGCAUAUCCACCUUACAUUGCUGGAUACCUGUGUCAUGGUUUUCCUGGCAACUUCAACGGCCGGUGACUCAACAGGGAGCACGAAACCUAUGGGCAGUUUCAUCUAUGCGAUGCCAGACCGCACAUCUCGCUCCGUCAUCUCUACAAUACUGUACACCACCGCCUCAACAGAGGAAUAUGCUACGCGCGUAGCUAAGAUUUUGACUCGGCGCAUGGGCGUUCCUGUCUACCUCGGGUGCAGCAUCGACCCUAUCGCUCUCGGUCUGCUAGCUGAGGAGGAAAUGGAGGGGUUAACAAGUAUUGUGGAUAAAGUCAUGACAAAGUGGGAAGCCCGGGAUAGAGUCACAGGCAGCCAGCAACGUAGAAUGGGAACCGCAGGCCUCGGAAGUUGUUCGGAUGCGCGCAUGGAUGUUCGAAGCACACAGAAAAACUCAGGCAGCUUGAACAGGAGGAUGCAGAUACCUGGCUCGAUUGACCACCGCAGAGUCCAAAAACGGAGUACACACACCCCCGUUUCUGCCGGGAUACUCCGUGGUCUCAACUCUGUUGUGUGGCUUGACCCGGCUUCUGGGCUGCGGCUCAGUAAACAGUAUCCUGACUCGAGUGAUGGCAGUGUGGACUAUACUACUCAAUUGAUUCACAACGCUGUGACGCAGCUGACCGCGACCACGGCCGGCGCCGGACCGGCUCAUCAACUGUUAACACCGCUGGGAACCGCGUGGAGACUCAUCAAUCUCGGCAGGCCCGGCGGUUCAGCCCGGCACGAUACCCGCUCUACGUAA